AUGAAAAUAGACAAAUUACGAUCGAUCCGAGAGGGACAACGCAAAGUUAUAGAAAUUCAGCUCCAGAAAAUCGAAAAUGCAAAAGAUAGUUCGUCGAUGUCGGAAUUUCGUGCUAUAAUAGAAUCUGUGACUGGCAAAUUCGAGAAUCUUGUAUCAUUGAAUGAGAAAAUACUUGAACAGACAGAAAUCGGCGAGAUUGAAGAAGAAAUCAUUAACAGUGAAGAAUAUUCAUUAGCGAUACAGAUCAAACUUCGUGAAUUCCAAGAAUUCAGUGAAAGUCGUGAAAAGUCGUCACAAAAUCAAAGUCAGAGAAAUAAUUCAUCAACACCUGGUGAACAGCAGACGAUAAUUGUACAGGAUAGAAAUAGUGCGAGUUCGACGCAAUAUUCCCGCCUUCCAAAAUUCUCAUUACCUACCUUCAACAGAAACAUCUUAGAAUGGCAAGCUUUUUGGGAUUCAUUCAGUUCAGCAGUGCAUUCAAACCAGAAUUUAACGGAUGUGCAAAAAUUUAAUUAUUUAAGUCCACAACUGGAGGAUGAAGCAGCUCGGAAAAUAGAUGGAUUUGCCCUAACGAACGCUAACUACAGUACUGCAGUUGAAUUAUUACAUGAACAAUACGGACAGAAACAUAAGAUAGUGCAUGCUUACAUACAGUCUCUUCUACAUCUUCCGUCGCCUAGCAACACACUUCCAAGCCUGAGAGGAUAUUAUGACAAGCUAGAAACAUACAUCUGGGGACUUGAGUCACUUGAUCAGCAAGAGGAUUCAUUUGGGACGUUCUUAGUGCCUGUGAUAUUUGACAAACUUCCGGCAGAAAUACGUAAGAACUUGGCACGUGAACAUAAAGGCAGAAAUCUAGAAUUACAUGAGAUGCGCCGCGCUAUCUACGAAUAA